AUGGCGUGUCCCCACGUUGAGUCCCUGUCUCUCCGGGCACCCACACCCUCCCAGUCAGUCUACCGCGAGGACUGCACUCAGUGCUUCGACUCAAUUGAUGAUCCCGCCGGUCUUGACGUUUGCCUGCAGUGCUUCAACGGUGGCUGCGCGGGCGACCGACACCACUCGAACCUCCACUAUGCCUUCCGAAGCCACCCCAUCGCCCUCAACAUUAAGCGAACUCGCAAAGUAGUGGUUCGAGAUGAACCCCCCGCGAAGAUGUCCAAGCUCGCCAUUGCGGCUGAGACCGAAGAAGAUCGCUACGAGACAGCUCUAUCCGUCAAGUGCUUCGACUGCAACACCGAGCUCGACAGAACCCACCCCAGCUUGGCCCCUGUCAUCGAUGGCAUAAUGACGGCGAACACAUUUUCGCGGAAGGAGGAGGUCAAGGCCUGGGAGCAAGAACUCACAUCAUGCGAGCACAUCUUGACAAUGCAACAAGGAGAACCCAGGAGGAUCGAGGGCCAGGAUCUAGGCCACUGCUCCAUGUGUGAGUUGAACGAGAAUCUAUGGCUUUGUCUCGAGUGCGGGAACCUCGGCUGCGGUCGAGCCCAGUUUGGCGGCGUCGGAGGAAACUCCCAUGCUCUUGCCCACGCCAAAGAGUCUGGACACGGCGUUGCUGUCAAGCUUGGUUCUAUCAGUGCGGAGGGUACGGCGGAUGUAUACUGUUAUACUUGCGAUGACGAGCGGAUCGACGAUGCGCUUGCGACGCAUCUUGCAAACUGGGGCAUCAACAUUGCGGAGCGUCAAAAGACGGAGAAGAGCUUGACUGAGAUGCAAAUCGAACAGAACCUGAAAUGGGAAUUCUCUAUGACUACCGAGGAUGGAAAGGAGCUGAAGCCGGUAUUUGGGCCAGGUCUAACCGGGUUGAAGAAUCUGGGAAACAGCUGCUAUCUUGCCAGUAUGCUGCAGUGUCUGUUCGACAUGCCCUCGUUCCAGAAGCGCUAUUUCCAGACCAGUGAAGACCUGCCUCUCAUUGAGGAGCCUGCCGAAGACUUGGAGACGCAGCUUCGCAAGCUCGCCGACGGUCUCCUAUCUGGUCGCUACUCGAAGCCUGAUUCUGAUAUUGUUGCCUCGGAACACUCCCCUGAGAUUCCUCACCAAAAGGGACUCGCCCCGUCAAUGUUCAAGCAUCUCAUCGGCAGAGGACACCCAGAGUUCUCUACAAUGCGCCAGCAGGACGCAUUCGAGCUCUUCCAACAUCUAGUUAAACUCGUCACCCGAUCCAAACAUUCACCACCCGCCGUCGACCCUACAACACCUUUCAGGUUCGUACUCGAGCAACGCCUACAGUGCCGCAGCUGCAAAAAGGUCCGGUAUUCGAGCAAUGAGCAGGACAACAUCAUGGUCAUUCUUCCUAUGGAGAAGGAAGCUGCUAAAGAGGGAGAAGAAGACGCCGCGCCGGCGUGGAAGCCCGUCACUUUCAAGCAGUGUCUUGACGACUUUACGGCGGAGGAGGUAGUCGAACUCACGUGCUCCUCUUGUGGCUCCAAGGAUGGAUACACCAAGAAAUCCUUGUUCAAGACAUUCCCCGAUGUGUUGGUUGUCAAUGCCCGACGUAUGGCUGUGGUCAACUGGGUGGAGAUCAAGGUUGACGUACCGGUGCUUGUUGACGACGAACCUUUCCUCCUGGACGACUAUCUUUCCAAAGGUCAGCAGCCUGGUGAGGAAGCCCUCCCCGAGGAGGCAGCUUCGGCUCCGGCAUUUCAGCCCAACGAGGAGGCUCUCGCACAACUUGAGGGCAUGGGAUUCCCCAAGGUAAGGUGCGAGAAAGCACUACACGCCACUGGCAACAGUGAUGCAAAUGCAGCCAUGGAGUGGCUCUUUGGCCACAUGGAGGAUCCUGAUAUCGAUACCCCAUUAGACUUGGGCGGUGCCAGUGCGGCGGGAGGUAGCACUGCUGAUCCGGAGAAGAUCGAGAUGCUAGGUGCUAUGGGUUUCGGUGCACCUCAAGCUAAGAAGGCUCUCAAGGAGACAGGAGGAGAUGUUGAGCGUGCUGUGGAGUGGCUUUUCAGCCAUCCUGAUGAGCAAGGCAUCUUUGAUGAUGAUGAGGCUGGCGGUGCGGCGAGUGGUGCCCCGACGGAUGCUGCGCUUGUUGGGAGUGCGGAACUGCCUGCCAAGUUCCAGCUGCAAAGCAUUGUCUGUCACAAGGGCACAAGCAUCCAUGCUGGUCACUACGUUGCUUUCAUUCGCAAAAACCUUGGCGACAGGGUCUCUUGGGUCCUGUUCAACGACGAGAAGGUCGUUGAGACGGAUAAUGUAGACGAGAUGAAGAAGUUUGCCUAUGUCUACUUCUUCAGGCGCGUAUGA